AUGGGAUAUUCCGAUUUUCGCCGCAGGGCGCCGAGCGCCCAGCGUGGUCACACUCACCCGCACCUGGCGAUACAAGGAGCGUCAGGCUCUUUCUUCCUGGGGCUUCACCGUCACUCUGCAUGCACAGUCUACGCCCAGCGAAAGGGGGACCGAGGAGACUCCGCCAAACCAAGUGAGCGGCGAGUUGUAGGCGAACCAGAUUUCGACGAUCCGGCGAGCAAUCCUCACACCAUGACCUCCUUUUUCUUCCGUUUUGGUUGGCUUACCGCCAUCCCGAUAACUGUGGCUGUGGGAGCGCUUUUGUUCGCGGGCGCUGCAGAUGCGCUAACGCAAAGCUCAGCAUGCGAACGAAAUGUCUAUUCCUCGCCCGGAGACUGCGAUACAGCGAUCAACACCCCGGACUGUAACUACUCGGAUGGAGAUUGCUGCUGGUGUACUUGCACCGUCGGAAACUGCGUGGAAGAGGGGUACGAUACCCAUUGCAUCGACCCUGGAGCAUGGUGUAGCCCGCUAGCUGCCACGCCUGCGCCGAUUUCCCCAACGCCUGGGCCCGUGAGUCCAACGCCUGAGCCAACGCCUGGGCCCGUGAGUCCAACGCCUGAGCCAACGCCUGGGCCCGUAAGCCCAGCUACAACGUGCAGAACGGCGGAUUAUAACACCGGCAUCUGCACUGAAGCCAACAACAACGCCGACUGCACCUUCGAUGACGGUGACUGUUGUUGGUGCGACUGCGAUCACGAGAACUGCCCUCCCCCGGGCGAUGAGGACUACGACUGCGUCAACCCAGACUCGUCCUGUUAUGGGGACGACCCUGACGCAACUACGCCCGCACCUGUGACAGACCUCACACCUGGACCUACCCCUGCAGACAGCACGAUUACCUCCGCACCCACGGCAGCCCCGACACCUGAACCUACCCUUGUAGACGGCGCCGCAGCGCCUGUGUCGGAGACACCAUCUCCGACCCCGUCCUUGUCCUUAUGCGACGAUCUACGAAUCGGAGAUGGCUUGUGUGACGAUGACAACAACAACGAGGACUGCCUGUGGGACGGCGGAGACUGCUGUGAAUGCACAUGCGACACCACUUCGAUCUACAGAUGCGGUGCAAACGACUACGACUGUCUGGAUCCUUCGGGCACCACCUGUGAAGAAGAGGAGACCACUACGACUGCUUCCUCUUCGUCGCUUUUCAACGCCAACGCCUUCCUCGGUUUGGGCAUCAGCUGCGCGAUGAUGCUGGUCUCCACAGUCGCGACUUCCUAAGUAGUUGAUUUUCAAAGCGGUUUUAGGUUUUUCACCCCCUUCGAUCCCGUGAGAUCUAUUGGAUAUAUGUUUUAUCUUCUUCAUCUCCUACCGAGCUUGGGGGAGGAUACACCAAGUUCCAAUCCUGCUGCCGGCAUAUCCUUCCCUACCGCCACGAUUUCCGGCUUCUUCUUCAGCUUCUGGUGACGGGUAUCUGUAUGCCACUGUAUGAUCAAAGUUGAAAACAAGGCAACAGACGAAGACGGUGGCAGCGGGUGGCGCGGAGUUAAUAAAGAUGGCAAAUGCACUUCAUCAGGGUUUGGGACCACAACAUAUUAAACACAUGGGUCUACCUUAGCAACGAGACACACCCACACGCGGCGGUGGCGGCGGCGGCGGCGAUAUCGGCUCAUCUCCGUUCUGUUGCUUCAGGAAGUCACCGCCCGAUGCGCCGAAGUCCGGAGAAAUGGAUCGGGCCUGUUUCGCCCCAGGCUCUCCCCCAGAAGCAGUGGCACCACCUCCCGCACCAGCAUCAUCGUGCGCACAUCCAGCUCCUCCUUGUUGCGACUGGCCCCCUCUACGAUACCCUUGGCCUUCAGCACGGCUACGCAGAGAGCCACGACUGGCGCGGCUGCAUCGAUCUCGGUUAUUCCCGUCGCAAUCGACUCUACUACGGU